AUGCGGAACAAACCGAUUCAUAUGUUACGAGAAGUAUGGUCAAAAUUUAAAGAAAAAACGUCUACGAAGCUUGAACACAAGAAGAAAUGGGUUCAUCCAAAGGAUAGGAUCGAAAGGUGGAAAAUUAUUAAAGGAGAUAUGGUAAAAGUUAUUGCGGGUGAUGAUAAGCAUAAAAUUGGAAAGGUGCAACAGGUAGACAAACUUACAAAUCGAGUUUGGGUCGAAAAUGUAAAGAUGGGAAGAAUGACAAAAAGUUUAGAACUUCAGAUGGACGAAGAACCACAAAAUAAAGACAAAACCGGUGGCUGGUGGAUGAAGAGUACUCUGAAGUCAAUCCAUGUAUCAAAUGUUAUGCAUGUGCAUCCAGAUGAUUUGAAAAACGAUCUCAUUCCGGCCAAGGAGAAGAGACGAGUUCGAGUUGAUUGGAAAAAAAUUAAUUUAGACGGAAAAGACAUAAUACGAUGGCGACGUGUGAUUUGUGGUACAGAUACCAUCAUUCCAUUUCCUCCAAAACCAAAGGAACCAGGAUAUGAACAAAAUAAUUUCGAGGACGCGAGUCAGUUAACUUGGAAAAUUUCGAAGGAAUCACCGUUACCGAAAGGUUCUUUUAACUAUGAACAAGCUGGUGUCCAAGAAUCUUUCAACACAGUUUGUCAGGCAAGUUUCUUCACCGCGAUCAAUCUUGUUGUUGACUUUAGUGAUACAUCGGUCCCAGCAAAGGUCGGUGAAAGUGUGGAUCGAUUGUUGAAGUCUCAUUUUCACAUUUUCUCCUUCAAGAAAUUUGGCAAGUUCUUUUUGAGAAGCUUCAUCGAACUCGGAUUUCGCGGAGAGGUUGUGGGACAUUUCGUUAUAGGGACGUAUCAUAAAUGUGCACGACUUAACGGCGGUGUAAGUGGUGAUCUUGGUCUUUAUUUAACCGAAAUGAGCGACAACUCGUUACUACAAUUCUUUCCGAAUUAUUUAAAAUUCGGCGAACAACAAGUAACUGACACCUUACAGACUAGUUUUUUCGCUCCAACCAUUUUCGAAGAUCAAUCAUCAGAUGCUUUUACGAACAUGGUUACGGGAAAUGGCUUGGGUACACCUGCGCCAACGCAAAAGUUAGAAACAAUUAGAGUUGAUGAAAAUCAGUACUCGUCAAUGAGAGAAGCUUCACAUACUAAUGCAGAUAGUGCUGUGGUCCGUUAUUUUUCGACUCCAGUGGUCACCGAAAGGCUACAGCUCGAAAACAAGCCGGGUUCUAUUGUGAGGCCUCGAAGAAAAACUAUGAAUUUGGGCAAAAAGCUAGGUCCACCACAAAGAGUAAAGAUAAAUAACGAAUCUUUAUUUAUGGAAGAAAAGGGCGAGCUUAGUAUUGUUUUGGAAUCGGAUCGUUUGCAAAUUUCAGAUAGUAAAGAACAAGCAUUGCCAUUAAAAGAUGAAGAAGAUGGAAUCGCAAAAAUGAAGAAAAUUGUUUCCUUUGAUGUUGAAUCGAGUAAACCCUUAAAACAAUCAUCAAAAGAAAAAAGUCAGGACGAUGGAUCGCAAAGUCCCUCUUCACUUCAUAAGAAAUUCACCAAAAAAGAAUUUCCAGCGGUUGCCGGCGAGAUAAUUCAUGAAGACGAUUCAAGAUCCAAACGAUCACACCCUGAUAAUAUACAUCAUGUAAAUACGGCAUGGCUCAAUGGGAAACCUUAUACUAUCAUGGAACGCAUCGGUCGUGGUGGAAGUAGUAAAGUAUAUAGGGUCAGAGAUUCUAACGGUCAAGAUUUUGCCCUGAAAAAAGUCUCAUUUAAAGGCGUUGACCAAAAUGCUAUAUCUGGUUAUAUAAAUGAAAUCGAACUAUUGCAAAAAUUGGCCGGACGAGAUAGUAUCAUUAAGUUAUACGAUUCUGAAAUUAAUCAUGACCGAGGAUAUCUACUAAUGCUAAUGGAAUGUGGGGACAUUGAUUUAGCACAUCUGUUAAACAAUCAAAGCGGAAAAUCCAUAAACAUAGAGUUCAUCCGUUCCUACUGGAGACAGAUGCUCGAAGCAGUUUAUACCAUCCACUUGGAAAAAAUAGUUCAUUCUGACCUGAAACCUGCCAACUUUAUCGUAAUCGCGGGUACUUUAAAGUUGAUCGAUUUUGGUAUAGCAAAGACUAUACCAAAUGACACUACAAAUAUCCAUAGAGAACAGCAAGUCGGAACUAUAAAUUAUAUGUCUCCAGAAGCAAUCCUUGAUACAAACUUAAAUUCAUCGGGUCGAAAAUUAAUGAAAUUGGGACGUGCUAGUGACGUUUGGUCUUUGGGUUGUAUUCUGUAUCAGAUGGUGUAUGGAUGUCCACCGUUCUCCCAUUUGUCCCUGGUACAAAAAAUAAAGUGUAUUACUGAUUCGAGCUACCAGAUUGAAUUUCCAGAAACCAUAAGUUUGAUACCCAAAUCAAACAAAUCAAAUCCUGAAGAUAUUUCUCAAGAAAGCGAUGUUACUCAAACCAUAUCGGUUGAUGAAAAUUUGUUGAGAAUUAUGAAAAGUUGUUUGCAAAGAAAUCCGAAAGAGCGUAUGACGAUACCUGCCUUGUUAACCGAUCCUUUCUUUGGCGAAUUGCAAGUGCCAGUAUCACCACCGAUAUUGGAUAAUCUUAUCCGCGAAAUGAUCAAAUAUGCAAAAACGGCUGAUAUUACCCAUCAGUCACACGAGCAAAUAAAAAAGAUUAAAGAGACAAUUUUUUCACAACUCAGAAACAAAGAGCCUAUAAAUUGUGAACAAUGGAAUAACUAA